AUGGGAGCUUGGACCAUAUUUGCUCUCAUCGUCAUCAACAAGGCUGGUGGUUUGGUUUACAACAAAAACUUCCACGAUGGCCUCAAACAGAUCAGCACAAAUGAAUAUUUAGUCCUUGCUGGAACCUUUCACGGUGUUCAUGCAAUCACCUCCCGUCUCAACCCAGUCAACAAUAUACCAGAAGCAACGCCUCCAGGUAGCAGACCAGAACCACCAUCCGGUCUGGAAGUGCUCGAGACAGAAAACUUUCGCAUGCAGUGCUUCAACACCAUGACAGGCACAAAGUUCCUCCUCUUCACCGACACAACACAGGCAAACGUUGAUGUCACUAUCCGGAAGAUCUACGAUCUCUACUCCGAUUAUGUCAUGAAGAACCCUUUUUAUUCUCUAGAGAUGCCUAUUCGCUGCGACAUCUUUGACCGGAAACUACUAUCAUACAUCAGGGAGAUCAACAACCGAUAG